UGCGCGGUGCGGCCGAGGCGGCUCGCGCGCGGCUUGAGCAGCCGAAGCGAUGGGGUUGAGUCGGGUGCGCGCGGUCUUCUUUGACCUGGACAACACGCUCAUCGACACGGCCGAGGCGAGCCGGAGAGGCAUGAUGGAGGUGAUAAAGCUCUUACAGUCAAAAUACCACUACAGAGAAGAGGCGAAAGUCAUCUGCGAUAAAGUUCAAGUUAAACUCAGCAAGGAAUGCUUUCAUCCUUACAGUACCUGCAUUACAGAUGUGAGGACUGCACACUGGGAAGAAGCCAUCCAGGAGACCAAAGGUGGUGCUAACCAUAGGAAAUUGGCAGAAGAAUGUUAUUUCCUGUGGAAAUCUACGCGUUUACAGCAUAUGACCCUAGCAGAAGACGUCAAAGCCAUGCUCGCUGAACUUCGCAAAGAGGUCCGCCUACUCUUAUUAACAAACGGUGACAGACAGACCCAGAGGGAGAAGAUCGAGGCUUGCGCUUGCCAGUCUUAUUUUGAUGCUAUUGUUGUAGGAGGAGAGCAGAAAGAGGAGAAACCAGCACCUUCCAUAUUUUAUCACUGCUGUGAUCUCCUUGGAGUGCAGCCAGGGGACUGUGUGAUGGUUGGCGACACACUAGAAACCGAUAUACAAGGAGGCCUCAACGCAGGACUGAAAGCCACAGUCUGGAUAAACAAGAGUGGGAGGGUGCCGCUGACUUCAUCCCCCAUGCCUCACUACAUGGUUUCCUCCGUGCUGGAGUUACCUGCUCUCUUACAAAGCAUAGAUUGCAAAGUCAGCAUGUCUGUGUAACACACAGAAGAACACAGCAACCAAGUGCAGAGCCACUUACAGGGUUAGAACUAAUGAACACCAAGGCAUUCUGUGUUUGGUUCAGUUCUAAGAGUGUGAGUGAGGGAUUCACUGCCAUGUUGUGAAGAGCCUCCCACCCUGCUGCUGUUGAUAGCCAUAGGCUGUUUUCAUAUCUGAGAUCCAGGUUUUUUGUGUAGUCCAGAAAACUUGAAGAAGGCAGGGUAGCUUACAUGUGGAUGUGCAUGUACUGGUUUAUAGCAUAGAUAUUUUUUUUAAAAAAUAGAUAUUCUAAAAUAGAGAUUCAAGCAACUGAAUUGGGUUGGUAUAAGUACUAAAUCAUACAAAUCAAAGCAUUUCAUAGUGAAAUUUUGCAUAUUUUAGACAAAUUUUUUGUUAAUAUUUUGCCUACUUCCAAUGUGAAUGUUCUUAUCUAUUAUCUAAUUUUUCUGCAUGAUUUUUGGACUAAAUUUUCUGUGGUGUGAACAUGACAAAUUGUUAUAAUUUUUUUAAAAAAGAACUAUUAAAAAUGAACCCAUGGUGCUCCUUUUCCACGCCAUUUUCAUACUUCUAGAGUGAACUUGUGACUUCCAUAGUCUUUAUUCCUAAAGAGUAAAAAUUACCUAUUUUUGGGCACACAAUAGAGAGGACUGGGCAUUGUGCUUAGGUUAAGUGCUGGCACAUGACACCGAAAGGCUCUAUGGAUCUACAAGAAGAGAAUUGCCUCCAUGUGUUCAGACCAGGCAGCCUCCCUCCUACUCUGACCUCUGGUGACCAGAUGACCACACUAGCAGAGAAAGUUAGGUGUUGAAAGCUUGGUAUGGUGGUGCAGAGGCAGGCGGAUCUCUGAGUUCAAGGCUGCAUAGUGAGAACCUGCCGCAAUAAAUAAAUAAAUAAAUAAGAAGAAAGAAAAUCAACUUGAAUGGCUCUCACAGUUACCUCCGUCUUGAAUUAUUUUCCACAGAGAAGGCACUGUGACUCAGACCCUGUAGUGUUAGCUUGGAGCUUGAUUAAUGUUCCAUGGCAGCAUUGACAAUCAGAGAAUUCCCCCCAGGCUGUUAAACUGACCAGACUCAUGAUUUCAUAACCAGGCUUGGAAUGGGUGGCUAAUCAGGGAAAGAUAAUGAAAUGGAUAUUAUUGAGUUGGUUUGAGUAGGUUUUAAAUACUAGAAGAAAGCACUAAAGGGAAAUAUUAGGCUACACUGAGAAACGUGUAGGUUUGACUUGAAGAGUGAGACAAUCAAAUCCUAGGUUCUACCUGCCUGUGAGCCUAAUAACCAUUGUUCAAUGUCAGUUAAUAACAACCAGAUUCUCUGCUUAUACAGAUGUCCUCUCGUGUUUGCCUCUCUCUUUUAGUCUUUAAAACAUUAUUGUGUCCCUCCUUGACUGUCCUACAGUGUGGCUUCUAUGAAGUAGAAUGUUUUAAGAAGAGUGCCUAUAUGAACUUGAUCAAAAUGUACCUAUGUAAAAAUUGUUGAAUUGAGAGAAUUUGGGCAAAAAUAAUUAUGUAGAUGGUUAUUAAAAUAACAGCCGACAUCA